UCCUCAUUACUUCAAUGUUGGUUGACAGCCACGGCCAGAGCAUUGGUUGGAUUUACACUGCAACCAUGUCUUGAUUGAUGUGAAUUUUCUGUCAUUUUGAACUAAAAUGGCCCAUCUAGUGGAGAAUGUGGUCAAGCAAGGUUAUUUGAAGAAAGGGAGCACAGGAUCAAGCCGCAUAUCAGGAUUUUUCAGAAGAAAUGACAGCAACAAGUGGUUUGUGUUUACCAUUAGACAAGGCAUUCCCUUCCUGGAGUACUACGACAGUGAGCUGGACGUCUUCUCCCAGCAACCCAUCAACUCUUUCAACCUCUCUGGUUGCCACAAUGUCAAGUCUAUGGGCAACACCAACCCUCCGUCAUUUUGUAUUGUGUGUCCAGAUAGGGUCAUUGAACUGGUCGCAUCAUCCAGAACUCAAAUGGUUGAAUGGGUUAACGAGGUUGAAGCAAGUCUUAUUCGUCUUGGAGUUUUGAAGCAAGAAGUUGUUGAUCACGUUUACUCAAUAUGUCCCGCAGUCAUACAAAAAUCAAAGCCCAAUAAAGACUUUCAGGAUGACUUGGAACCAGAAACUAUGACUUCGGCAACGGCCGUAAAGAUUUCUGAAGGGACAAGCACCAACGGUGGACCUGGGGGUUUCGGCUUCCUAAGCCCAGCAGAUAUACGCUCUGAUAGGCCUAGUCUUACACCUAAAAACUCACCCUUAGCCCAGCGGUCAUCUUCAGGGCAGUCGUCUGUAUCGUCAGUCCAACCCCCCUCGUCCCCGUCCACUCAUAAACCAUCUGUACAAAGGAUACUCACCGAGUCGCCGCCCCCGCUACCAACACGACCCAUACUGACACCCGGUCGGGCUAUUAAACAGAAAGCUGAAGAACAGCAGGAGAGAUCUGAGAGCCACUCCUCCCCCCUGCAGCACCCUGACACGGGGAGCAGCAACGACAGCGACUUUGUCUCCCCUGAGAUUAUCGCCCAGCUGCGGGAGGCACGGAAAGCCAAGAACUUUGAGAAAUCCCAGCAUAAAAUCCCGGAAGAGUCCCAUGACUCGCGGCAGCACACGUCGUCCCCUGCUCACCUGAAGGAGAACCCUGGGUUCUCAAACAACGCUUAUUUCGACUCCAGUCAAAUCUCUCAUCAGAGCCCUAUCCGACUCUUGAAAUCCAUGUCCACGCCCGUCAAAAGUCCAAAACGGACAGUCGCUCGUUUGUCAGGGUCGCCAACUAACUCUGGGCAUAGCUCUCCAGUGUCCAGUUUCCAAGAUUUGGAUAACGUAUUCAGCGACUCCAACUCGGUGGAGAACUGUUACUCCGAGCUGCCUGGGAGUAUUUUUACAGAUUCUGGCAUUGGCUUGGAGAGAAACGAAAUGCUUGUUGGCAGCCCUUCUUCAAAACCGACGCCGAUGCCCCGCCGGGGGUUACCUAAAAAGAGCGACUCCCCACCUGGGUCGUUAUCCAACGGCUCUGAUCACCUGUCGCCCUUUGACAAUGAAAUUUUCGUCAACGUCCCCGAAAGCUUCAAGCACAACGGGGACUUUGUCCUUGAUGACAUUGACGACGAGUACCCACUGUUGAUACAGACUGCUGUGUGUAAGGACAACAACACUGAGACAAAGUCUCAUGACAAGACCAGCAAAGCAUUCCCUCUCACCUACCCAGACAAGCCAGCCGGGCCAAAGUCCUCCAAGGACGAGAAUGAAAACUUCUGGGGUCCCAUGUGCGAUGACAUUGAGCCACCAGACACAAUGGCUCCGCCCAUUCCUGCCAUCCCACCUCUCCCGCCCCGCAACGACUCCCUCCCGACGAGAAAACAAAGCUCAAAAGCAAAGAACUUCAGUUCAGAUUUUAAAACAUACCCCAAAGGAAAGACGUCGACGUCCUCCAAGCACGCUAAAUACUUAGACGACCUGAGUGUGGCGCCGCCCCUCCCACUUCCACGUAAAAAGGGGUCUGAAUCUUUCCGCAAGUCCCACCCACCCAGUGCUAGUCACUGCCCACCCAUGCCGCCAAGACGAUCAUCCGCACUACACCACAGCAACAGUAUUCCCAGUGACUGCCAACCCCCCGCCCUCCCCUCCAGAAACUCUCAGAGCUUUUACAUCAAGCGUCCUCAGCUGACCGGACACAGUAACUCCCUGGAUAUGUCUCCUGCAGAGGAUAGCAUCCACAAGAAGGAAGAGACCUCAGAUGAAACAAAGCUGCAAGAUAUAGUGACCAGCAGUAACCUGUCCGGCCUGUCGCAGAAGAUGCUGAUUGACAGGUCCCACAGCCUGCACACCGUGGUCUCCCUCAAACAGACCCAGGUCGAGAUCCUGCAGACGGAGAUCAACCAGCCCAGCGUCACCGUGCAGCUCACUCACAAGUCCUGCUUCGGCCUGGCUUUGGUGGAGUGGAACAACUUCCCAUGCAUUGCUGGAUGGAACCAGAAAGAUUUCCCCAGCCUGCAUGGGAAGCUUCACGUGGGUGACCUGGUGUUCAGUGUCAACAAUGUCAGGGUCACCUCCGUGGAGAUGGCCCAGAAACUGCUGCGGCAGCCGAAUGCCUCAGCCUCCAAGACUGAGAUCAUGCUGCACAGGAUGCCCUAUGCCAAGGUGUUUGCCAUCCAUCGCAGUGUGGAGGGGCAGAGCUUGGGGUUAAAGAGAAAUGGAGGCACUGGUGAGAUUAUCUAUGUAGACCCUAAUGGUCUGGCAGCUCAGCAUGGCCUCACCCAGUACGCACCAAGUGCUUACGGUGUCAAGCGGUGCAACUGGUUCAUCACAGAAAUCAACAAUAGGCCACUCAGUCUGUUUUUUAAGGAUUGUGAAAUUGACCUCCGUCUGUCAGCUGUAGGCAGGGAGAUCUCCAUCGUGGUUCAACCCUCGGACUUUAUUUAUGAAAUACGCCACCAGUUUAAGAAGCUCAAGAAUUACAAGAAUUAUAUAACGCACUAGAUAUCUUUUUUUCAAUGCUUGCUUCAAUGGCUUUAGAAUGCAAUUUUUUUUUUUCCUAGCUGAAAUCUUUACCUGAUCUAUCAAAAACCGAUUAAAUAUUUUAAAAAUUAUUUACAAAUAUCUCUUUCGCAGAACCAGACUGUUCUAAUUCCACUUUUGUAAUAAUAUUUACAACAACGCUUUAAAGUUUUGUUUUCCUUAAAAUGUUUGUAUUAAACACUUUGUGAAAUAAUAUGACCACAAAUAUUUUUACCAUCAUUGCAUUGGUGAAUUUCAAACAAAAUGUAUAAAUCUGGAAUGAAUUGAAAAAUGGAGUAAGAACAGCCUGGUUCUGGGGAAGCCAUAUAUAUAUAUAUAUAUAUAUAUAUAUAUAUAUAUAUAUAUAUAUAUAUAU